AUGAAGCCCGACAGAUCUGACAUCUCUCGCGCCCCUGAGGCGGAGCUUCAAGAUCCUCCCCAUCAGUGGUUGCAAGCGGACUGGAGGACAAACAUCGACUACUUUGAGCUCCCAGAGCAGACGGCACCGAUGUUCCUCUCCACCAUAGCUUCUCGCGGCACAGAACGAGAAACAAACCCCUACUCUGCCCAUCAAGGAGCCACAUCCCGCCAUGACAGCGUCCACCAUGGUCUCGGACUAUCGACAGACGCCAGCGCCGCCGCUGUUCCCCACCAGCCGCACAAUAGCCACGACGUCAGUGACACGACAGCAAUGAUGGAACGCGAAGAGUUUACUUCCUCUGCGGUACCCGACAACCACCUGCUACGGGACUUUCACGAGGAAUUGCUGCCUUUUGACUUCCCCGGCGCCGUAUUUGCACCCUCCUCAAGCGAGCACGGCGCACUCUCCAACGCAGCUCGCACAGACUACCCAGAGUCAAAUGGAGGACUGCCCAUCACCUCGCGAUCUAAUCUCCACACCGCCGUCGCUGGCAGAUCAGAACUCUACCAGUCUGGCUUGCGCGAGGACACGGGAGCGCACACCGGUACAGGUAGAGGUGCGAUCAUAAAGCGCAAACGCAUCCCGAGUAGUUCGAUAGUGUACCCAAACUAUCAGCCACAUACCUCAGACGACACACUGGGUCUUGCACCAGCAUGGAGGCCAACGAUCGGACUGCCGGAUCACGCAUCAAUCGCUCCUAGUAACCCUACUUCCCGCCAACAUGACACCCCGAGCCCCGCCCAAGCAGUCCCAGGUACGCCAGGUUCCGUGCUCUCAGAGCUUCUUGGUAGGAUUAGCGACACCAAUCUCAUCUUUGUCCUCGAGAGAGUCCGCGUCUGCGCGAGAGAGGGGUGCGCUCGUCUUGCCCCGGAGGGAGGCCCUAGGGGCCGCUUCUGCUCCGAGAGGUGCAAGGUGAUGAACAGGCGCGCCGUUAAGGCUCCACUGCAUUACCACAGCGGCAACUGCGAGGGCCCUGCUCCAGCCUAG